CAAGCAGAGGGCAGGAUCACCCUGUGGCAUCAUCACUACAUUGUACCAUGGCAGACACUCUCCGGAGGCUGAGCAACAGCGAGACUUGCAGGUUGUUACAGGACAAGCUGGAGGACUGGUACAAGGAUUAUCACAUUAACUCAUGUGACCAGAAUUUAAACAUUUGCUGUGAACUUCUUGAAUUGAAUUCGAAGAUUCAGGGACAACUAUUUACAAUUCUCAAUGUAACAGCCAGAGAGGGUGGUCAAUAUGCUGGUGUUGAUACUAUCAAGAGUCGCUUUUUGCCAUGGUUGGGAACUUGUUUUUCCACAUCACACUCAGGAGCAUUUUCGGAUUCUAGCUUUUCACUCCUCCAGGAAUCAUUGGAAAGAGACAAAAGAUUACGAGAGCUCUCAACCACCCAGGAAAUGGAACUGAAUAAACUGGAGAGCCAGCUAACAUCUACACGCAUGGAACUAAAUGCAGUAAAGCAAGACCUUCUGGAAGCUCAGAUGGAGGCUGAAGACACCAAAACCAAAUCUGCAACAACUCUUCUGGCUGCAGAAGAUGAAAUACUACAACUGAAAUCACAAUUGAGAUCCACCGAAGACAACUUAGAAUUUAGAAAACGAAGUGCAGUUGACGAUUAUGAGCGACAGAUACGACUGCUAAGGGAUGAGAUCACUGUUCUGUCAGCUGAAAAGAGUGUGUUACAAGGGAGAAUUUCAAGAAGCCGUUCUUGUAGCCCUGUACGUCACACCAGCAGGUCGUCAAGCCCAUUCGGAAGGACAGAGUCUCCCACAUCUGCCAGACUUACCAACUCUUCUCGUCACGCCCGCCUAAUAUCCAGAUUUAAUGACAUUUAUGCUAAUGACCGGCUAGAUGCCCAAACUCACCUGAGACGUUAUAUUGACGAUCAGGAGAUGGUUCAGAGAAUUAUUUUUAUCGCUACUGUGGAAUCAUUCCACGCUGCAAAGAUGGCUUUCAGACAGUUCAAGCUCCGUGUGAGAAAAUCUUUGGCACCUUCUCAUUUGGGACCUGAAUCGCUAGAAGAUGCUGUUAUUGACUACAUUGUCCGCAACUUGGAUCUUUAUGAUGUCCAGUCUAGUGUUAACGAUGUGAUCAGUGCAAUGAACGUCAAUCCUAAAAUCUCAUUCCCGCCUGAAGUGGACUUUAUUUUGAUCAGUAGCUUCAUUCGGGAGGUGUGUCGUGUUGCUUUUGCAAUGCAAACUCUAGAAAUACCAUUGGAUGUAGCUUUUGCAGUUGACGGAGAACUCUUUAGUGAAAGCAAGUAUCGCCGCACAUAUGACUCUGAGUUCUCAGCGCCUCUUGUGUAUUACCAUGUAUGGCCCCCGCUGAUGGAAGAUGAGACUGUUGUUGUCAAGGGAGAAGCCGUAACAAAGAGGGGUGCUCUGUGGGGUUCAGCGAAGAGUAGAAGCAGAAGCUCCAGCCCAAUUCGAUCUCGUUCAGCUAGUCCAGGUCGGAUCUUGCAGGCUAGAAGCCGUAGUCCAUCCCCUAUCAGAAGAAGCGGGACACCAAGAUUCUAAUUUACUGGCUUUGUAUAUGAAAUUGAACCAUCGGGAACUGGUCUAUGACAUUGGUGCUUAAGUCUAUCUCAAGAGUACCUCAGACGUUCAAUGAGAUAAUGUGAACGGUUAAUUUGAUACAGAUCUAUGUUUUGAAUUAUUUGCUAUUGUAAUUGAAAACUAAAUUUAUUUUCCGUUUUUUUUAUUAUAUAAACUAUUUGUUUUUUUCUAUUUAGUCAGCAGUUUACAGCAAGUUAUCAGGUGAAUUUAUAAUGUACAAUUAUUGUCACAGGUGGGUAUGCUGGACUUUACCGAUAACAUUAAAUAACAAUGCAAGAAAAACAGUGUUACACUUGUGACUUUUUAGAAAAAUAAAAUAAAUAUAGUUUGGACUUCUUUUGUGUUUCAAUAACACAUUUGUAUAUUAUAUGGGAAAUGCAAUUUUUUUUUAUCUUGUUGCCAAAAUCUAUAUACACAAAUAUAAAAUGUGCCUAAAUUACUGUAUAAAUCAAUGUUUUUAAAAUUGUAUUUUGUUUUAUAUCGAGUGCCUGCAAAUCAUUAAACUGAUUCUGAGAACAUAA